AUGGCUCUGUUGGAUGAUUUAACAUUUAACCUUUUCUCUAGUCCCACCACCCUGCUGGGGGUUUUUGCUGUGCUGCUUGUCCUGUAUCUUGUCUCCAGUACUUUCACACCAGGGGCAAAAGAGAAGGAGCCUCCAGGACCGAGACCUUUGCCCCUGCUUGGAAACUUAUUACAGCUUGAUCUCAAGAGACCUUAUAAAACCCUGUGUGAGCUUUCAAAGAAAUAUGGGUCUGUAUUUACGGUUUAUUUUGGAACCAAUAAAGUGGUGGUGCUGGCUGGAUACAAGACAGUGAAAGAGGCUCUGGUCAACUAUGCUGAAGAGUUUGGAGACCGAGAGGUUUCACCCAUAUUUCAUGAUAUUAGUCAGGGUCAUGGAAUUCUGUUUACCAACGGAGAAUCCUGGAAAGAGAUGAGACGAUUUGCCCUCACAACCCUCCGAGAUUUUGGGAUGGGCAAAAGAGUGGCUGAGGAAAAAAUCUUGGAGGAAUGUGUCCAUCUGAUCCAAGUGUUUGAAAAGCACAAAGGGAAUCCAUUUGAUACGGCACGCCCUUUGAAUUAUGCAACAUCCAAUAUUAUCUCUUCUAUCGUGUUUGGAAGCAGAUUUGAUUACAAUGACCUUCAAUUUAAAAAUCUGGUGAAACGAGUCAAUGAGAACAUAUGCUUGUCAGGUUCUGCAUCAAUCCAGGUAAGCCUUGUGUUUAUUUUAAUUGGUAAUGUUUUAAGCAGGAAUAACUGCCAAACUUCAUCUGUGUGUAGGCUGUAAAAUGAAAGUUCAAACGUAUACAGAGAAAUAUCUAUAAUAAAGCCAACUAUAGGAAUUUUAUUACAUAGAUAAUCCUUU